AUGCCUCGCUCCGAAGAAGCUGAAGCGUGGGCCAACGCCGUGUACGCCGCAAUCCAAGAGAUCCCCCGCGGCAAAGUCACCUCCUACGGACAUAUCGCCCUUCUGCUCGGCGAACCCCAGCGGCCACGUCAAGUUGGUGUGUGCCUGAAGUCUCUGCCCAAUGCCGAGUCCGGUUCACACUUUCACUCGGGGAAUGUCCCCUGGCAGAGAGUCAUUAAUUCCAAGGGCAUGAUAUCACACCGAGGCCCCGGAAGCGCAGAACGCCAAGCAGAAGCGCUCAUCCAAGAAGGCGUCGAGGUAACCAGGGACAGCAUGGGGGAAUUUUAUGUGAACUUCUCACACUAUGGCUGGUUUCCAAAGAUGCUGCCGAGUGAGGAAGAAGAAGGGAAGAAUGAUGGGGAUGGGGAGCUGUUCGUGCAGGAUUCUUAG